UCUCUUCAACUUUUCAAGUGGCAUGCCUUCAAGAUGGCCUAUCCAAUAGAAGAUUACCUGGAGCUUUCAUUUAGUGCAGUGAAGUACACUGGAGGACUUCCCUUAGCUCUUGAGGUUUUGGGUUGUUCUUUAAUGGGAAAAAGUGUUAAUGAAUGGAAAAGCAAAUUGAAAAAAUUACAAAAAAUUCCUGACGGAGAGAUUCAGGAAAAAUUGAAAAUAAGCUUUGAUUCACUGGAUUAUGAAACAAGGGAGAUAUUCCUCGAUGUUGCAUGUUUCUUUAUCGGUAUAGAGAAAGAAUAUGUCAUCAAAAUACUUCAUGCUUGCGAUUUCUUUGCAGAUGAUGGCCUCAAUAUUCUCAUUCAAAGGUCCCUUGUGACAAUUGAUGGUAAUAAGUUGGGGAUGCAUGAUAUGAUUCGAGAUAUGGGAAGAGGGAUUGUUCUUGCAGAAUCACCCCGUAAUCCAGGAAAACGAAGUAGGUUGUGGUUUCAUGGGGAUAUCUUAAGUGUACUAAGCAAACAUAUGGGUUCGAAGACAGUGGAGGGUCUCAUCUUAAAUGUCCCUAUACUUGAAGAUCUACAUUUGAAAACUGAAGCAUUUGGAAAUAUGAAGAAUUUGAGGUUGCUCCAAAUUAAUUCUGUACAUCUCACAGGAUCUUAUGAACAUCUCUCUAAAGAGUUAAAAUGGCUUUGUUGGCAUAAGUGCCCUCUGGAAUUUCUACCACAUAAUUUUCAUCUAGAGAACCUUGUUAUUCUUGACAUUCAACAUAGUAAUGUGAAACAAGUUUGGAAGAAGAAGAAGAAUUUCAACAAGUUGAAAGUUCUUAAUCUCAGCAAUUGCAAAUGUCUCAUCAAAUUACCAGACUUCUCACAAGUCCCACUACUAGAAAUACUCAUACUUGAAGGUUGUACAAGCUUGGUUAAGGUUCGUGAGUCCAUUAGAUAUCUCAAAAAACUUGUUUCACUAAAUUUAAAGAAUUGCAGUCGUCUCAUUGAAUUACCAAAUUUCUUACAAGUUCCACAUCUGAAGAAUUUGGUACUUGAAGGUUGUACAAGCUUGCUUGAGAUUCACGAGUCCAUUGGUCUUCUAGAAGGAAUUGUUUUGCUCGAUUUACAAAGAUGCAUAAGCCUUAGGAAUCUUCCAAGUAGCAUUUCUAACUUAAAAUCUCUUGAAACUCUCGACUUGUCUGGCUGCUCAGCACUUGAAAAAUUACAGAAGCAACUACCAUUCUCCUUUGGUCUUUUGCAGAAUCUCAAAACUAUAUCAUUAUAUGGAUGUAGUUCUCUAAGUGCAUUACCAAAAUUACCUGCCCCACAUCUGGAGACAUUAAUACUUGAAGGUUGUACAAGCUUGGUUGAGAUUCACGAGUCCAUUGGACUUCUAAAAAGACUUGUUUUGCUGAAUUUACAAAGAUGCAAGAAGCUUAAGAAUCUUCCAAGUAGCAUUUCUAGCUUAAAAUCUCUUGAAACUCUUGACUUGUGGAAGUGCUGUAGUUUUGAAGAGUUACCAGAGCAUUUGGGGAAUAUGAUGGCUUUAAAAAAGCUGAAUGUGGGGUUAAGUGCUAUUAAGCAACUACCAUCCUCCUUUAUCCUUUUGAAGAAUCUUGAAAAUUUAAGAUUUUUUGGAUGUAAAUGUCUUAUCAAAUCGCCGGAGUUCUUACAAACCUCACGUCUAGAGAGAUUGACAUUUGAAGGUUGUACCAGCUUGGUUAAGAUUCACAAGUCAAUUGGACUUCUAAAAAGACUUGUUUUUCUGGAUUUACGAAGAUGCAAGAAGCUUAGGAGUCUUCCGAAUAGCAUUUCUAACUUAGAAUCUCUUGAAUCUCUUCAUUUGUCUGAUUGCUUAGAAUUUGACAAGUGGCCGGGACAAUUAGGGAAUAUGACUGCUAAAAAGUUGGAUGUAAGCAGAACUGCUAUCGAGCAACUACCAUCCUCCUUGGGUCUUUUGAGGAAUCUCAGAGUUUUAUCAUUAUCUGGAUGUGGAGGAACAUCCAUCCUCAUCAUGGAUAUCACCCGAAAGCUCCAACCACAUAAGUUUGCCAUCUUCCAUUUCUAAAUUAUGUUCAUUGAUAGAGCUAAAUCUUAGUGACUGCAAUUUGUUUGAAGAUGAGAUUCCCAUUAUACUUGGAUGUUUGUCUUCACUCGAAAGAUUGGUUUUAUGAAUAAACAUUUUUCAUAACCUACCUAAUUGCAUUGCCUUCCUAAAUUACAGGAUUUGUAUUUGUAUGAUUAUACUACUCUUCAAUCAAUUUCACUUCCCAAAAGUGUAAUAGUUUUGGCAGCAUAUGGCUGCACAUCAUUGGAAAGAAUGUCAAGUUUAAUGAACUUGAGUUCGGGAUCUUUUUACC